AUGGCUUCGGUGCUGCAACUUUGCCGUCUACAGUCCCAGAAGCUGCACGAAGCUCUCCUUCAAAAUCACGAGCAGCUGAUGGUGGCCUCGCUACUGAUUGGCCUCACAACCGGCGGAAUGCACUGGCUGUCGCUGCGCUUUCCGGCACUGGCGGUGCAGUUUCGUGAAAACCUUCGCGCAUUUCCUGUCGAAAUAUCGUUCGGUGUGUUCGCGCUCGUUUCGAUUGGUUCACUUCUGGCCUACACGCUGUACGUGCACCAUCGCCAAGGUAAAGACCGCAGGGCGCGAAGCUUCAUUCGCCAGCGCUACAUCGACUACAUCCUGCUGUGUCUGGCGGUCGGCGUUUCGCAUGCCGCUCGUCGGCAUCUCGUCUCCACCGGCAAGAAUGGAUUACGGCUCGAGCAGCUGGAGCGCUACCGGAAGGAGAUCGAAACUGCCGUCUUUCGCUUCCGAGCCAGCUCCAAGAAGGUGUUCCGCGAACCCGGCCCGUCCUACUCGCUGCAGGCCCUCGAGCGCUACUACCGGCUCGAUGACGAUCGUUACGGUGAUGGAAUUCUCAGUCUCAAACGAGACAACAAAUCUUUGCUGAACGUUCCAGCUCUCAAGAGAUUAUUGGAUUUCUAG